AUGAGUGUUGGAAACAAAUUAGGUCAGAGGUUAUUGUUGUCAUAUUGUUCGUUUACUUGCAUUUACUUUCCUGGAAUUCUGAUAUUGCUAAAAUUAAACGACAACCUGUACAAUGUGGGAAAGUACAAAUUCAUUCCAGUAUUAUUGAUUCUGCUAUUCGCAGAAGUGGUGAAAUUGAUGUUCCCUAUGUUCCAUUCUGAGCCAUUAAUUAUAACAAAAACUGAUUCAAGGGCAUCUUCAAGAUCUAGAAGAACAUGGUCCAAAUAUGUGAAGGAAAUCUUCAAAUUUCUAUUAGCUGGUUUUCUAUUGUCUGUUGUGUAUUAUAUUGUGAUUAUACUGUUUGGUGCACCAGUGUUCAUGCAUCAUGAGGAAACUACCAUGCUCACUGCCACAUUGACUACUCUAACAUUUGUUCCUGCAAGUUUGCAUUUAGGUGUGGAUGGUGCAUUAGAGAUUAUAACUGGGACACAGUCACAGAAGGGCAAUGUUCUGGUAGAUGCUAUAAAAACUAAUAUUCAAGCUACACUUUUGGGCACUUGGUUGGGUGCUAUUGUGAUUCCAUUAGAUUGGGAUCGACCAUGGCAAGUCUGGCCAAUUCCAUGUGUAUUGGGUGCACUUCUUGGAUACACAGUUGCACAUUUUAUUACACUUGCAAAAACAUUACCAAUGUUGAGAUUAGGUAAAAAGAUUCACAGAUAA